CGUGCGACACGAGUUCGGGCGGCCUUGCAUUUGUCUGAUCAGUUCGGAUGCUCUGUCAGCCCUUCGAGCCCGAUGGAUUCGGAGUGUGGGUCCGCGAAGACGCGUACGCAGCCGGAAGCUUACGCAUGUGGCGAUUUCUCGGCUGUCAAGGAUACAAAGAAUGACGACCACAACCAGCCACAACCGCAUUCUACUAUAAGUACACACUCUCCAAGCCACAGCGACCUACCCACCCUCGACGCAGACUUGAACGACUGAAGCACAUAGUAUUUGAACAUUAUGGCAGGCCUCACCGCGCUCAUCUUAGGGGCUACUGGUGCGACAGGCAAGGUCCUCCUCCAGGAGCUGCUCGCGUCGCCCCAGUAUGCGAGCGUGUCCGAGUAUGGCCGGCGCGUCACCGCCCCGGAGAGGAUCGCCGCGGGCAAGGAGAAGCUCGAGCAGCGGACGAUUGAUUUUGAGAAGCUGGAGGAGGCGGGGCUGAAGGACAAGAAGUGGGAUGUUGUGUUCAUAACCCUUGGGACGAACCGCAAGGCGGCAGGCAGCGCGGAGGCGUUCGAGAAGAUCGACCGAGAAUACGUCUUGGACGCCGCCCGCCUAGCCAAAUCGGACGACCCUGCCCAGAAGCAACGCCUCAUCUACCUCUCCAGCGGGGGUGCCGACCCUAACUCGUAUUUCCUUUACAUGAGGAGCAAGGGCUUGACUGAACUCGGCCUGGCAGAGCUGGGAUACAACGACACGAUCAUCUUCCGGCCAGGUGCGCUCGGAGAUGCGGAACGCCCGGAACACAGAGCGGUCGAGAAGUACACGUUCCCUAUCAUCAAGGCCAUGUCGAGAUUCGUCCCGAGCGUGUGGAUGCCUGUGCCCAAGCUCGCAAAGGCGAUGCGCGUCGUCGGCGAGAAGGGCUCGGAAGGCAUUCCCGCCGAACGCGUGCAGAAGGUGGGCGGGGAGAAGGCACCCUGGAGCCUCUUGGAUAACAAUAGCAUCCUCGCCAUUGCCGACUCCUUCAACUGAUCUCUCGGAUACUGUAACACCACGUUCAUACACUUGUACAUUACUCGUCGUUAUAUUGACAGCUCUGUUUACCCUUCUUGCACCGUAAAGCGAGCAUAAAUAGUCUGUUAGUCCCCGGUAAGCGAUAGCCCAGUCUCAGUCUCCGUCCCU